CAAAGAUUCUUAAAGAUAAUAUUGAACCAUGGAUAACUGGUAAUUAUAAUGAAAUAUGGGUAUAUCUUGAUUCAAAGGAAUCGAUGCAAUUAUAUAUUGGAAAAUAUACUGUUCAAAUAUGGUGUAAAAUCGAGAAAAAUGAAAAAUUUGUUCUUAAAUAUUUUUGGGCUAACAAAGAUUAUAAAAAUAAAUAUUCAUUACGAAUAUUAGAAUUAGAUAUUUAUAACAAUGAUUUUUUUCUUAAACUAGAAAAUAACAUUCAGAUUAAAUGGUCUUAUAAUGACAAAAAUAAUAUUAAUUUAAUGAAGCAUGCUUGUGAUGCCUUUGUAUAUCUAAAUUAUCAAAGAUAUCAAUUAAUCAGAUAUGAGAAUCAGCAUAGUAAAUAA